CGUGACAGGACGUGACAGGGAUUUUGGCAUUUCAUUUGAUAUCCACGCUCUUCAGCUGCUGAGAGGCACGCGCUGCGCUGCCCGUCUCCUUGUCCUUCGCACCUAAGGCAUCGGCACCGAACGUAUCAUCCGCCAGUUAAGCUAUGGCAAACCCGCGUCAAAGAAGAAAAGCGCGUUCUGCAACGCACAGAGCAGUCUCACAUUCGCGCAAUGUGAAGCGUAACCUUAAGAAAAAUCCCCCCAUACGCGGCCCCGCAUCCGUUAUCUUGGCUGAGCGAUGGGACAAGCGAAAAACCGUCCGCCAAAACCCUCACGGUACCGGCGUUCCAAGGUUCCGGUCUUGGCUGCAUCUGGUUCUCGGUCGAUCAUGAACUUGUUGUUCUACUCGAUCUAAAAUCGCUACGUAGUCCGAAUCGGAGGACGCGGCACUGUUCGCAUUACAGCUUUCCUAUUCAUACUCUCUUUUUCCGGGCAAUAGGUUCUGACGUUUCCUGUUUGUAGCUACGCCGCGCUUGGACUGGCUCACACUCUAAAUCCUACCGCAUCAGGCGGUGUGGAGCGAAUUGAUGCACCAACGACCACUAUUACCGAAGAUGCAUCAGCAAAUCAGACGGCCGUCGCUUCUACGUCGUCAACAGCCAAUGGAGCAGCUCCGAUACCGAAAGGCCACGGACGAAUCAUUCGUGACGAAAAGGGUCAUGUUUUGAGGAUUGAGUUGGCAGAAGACGACGAAGAGGGGGCCAUGGAACUGGACGAGCGUGAAGUUUUGGAUCAGGACAUGGAGGCGCUCGGACCUGAGUUGGACUCCGGGCUUGUCCAGAAAUGGGUGACCAGUUUAGGAGGGACACAAAGUGGAGCCGGAAAUGUUGUCGAAGCUCUCGAACGCAUAUCGGCGACGACGCAACUUAAUGGCCAAACAACCUUGUCCGUGUCCAAUUCUGGUGUUGGCUCGAGAACUGCAUCCGCUGGGGAGCUUGGCUACAUGCAGCGACUGGUCCAAAAGUAUGGUAACGACGUCGAGCGGAUGGCGAGAGAUCGCAGGCUGAACCCGGAACAAAGGACCGCGGGCCAAUUGUCGCGUAGCCUGCACAAGUGCGGGCUCUGAGACAUAGUUGGGCGCUGGGUGAUUUGGAUUGUCGAGUAAGAUUUGGCGUGAGCAAUGAUAGAGGAUGGUGAUUGCUAGCGAGGAUGUGCUGUUCCCCUUUGGACAGAGUUCCAUUUUGGACAGUGAACCAGAUGUUGAUCCAAACGUUGAUCCAAACUGGUUGGUCGAUUGUGAAUGUAACGGGGUUACGAAAAGCGAUUGGCACGGGAGGCGGCGAGCGAUGGGACAUGUAUUGGACACGGCUUGGACAGUGCUUCGAUCAGGUACUACGGCCGGGCUCGACGUGCCAAUACGAUGCUUCCUGCUAUGUACUUCCCCGCCGAGAAGUGCAUCCCGGCCCAAAUCAUGCCUUUCCCUGUUUGCUCCGACACAACGAUUCUUUGACAGCUAUUCCACAAGCAAAAUCUUUGCAGAUCCGCUCUACCGUAAUAUCCUCCAUUCUUAUAAAGCGCCACAUCUCUUCUCGUCUUCUCCCCAGCUCGCUCUCCUCAUGGCCCCGAGAGCAGUGUCUUCCGCCACUCCGGCUCCUUCAUUGCGCAACACCGGCACCCGCAGUGUCUCUGCGCCCUACCGUCGGCCAGUCGGCCAGCCAAAAUCAUCGCGCCAACAGUAUUCAGCGUGUGGGGCAUGUCGAAUGCGAAGGGUCCGCUGCGAUCUCAAGGACCUCCCUGUCGCGACUGGGCCGCACCCAGCGUGUUCGAAUUGUCAGGAACGGGGGCUGAAAUGCGUCGAUGAAUUUGCCGAUGUCAAAGCCGUCAAGCUACUCAGACGCGGUCGGCGGCUACAGCAAGUGGAGGCAAUCUACGGCAAGGGUGCCCCGGACGAAUCUUCCCCGGGCUCAGUCCCAAUUGCCGCCCGGAUGCCAAGCAUCAUUCCCCAACUCAAACCCGAAUUUUUCUCGUCGCCGUUCUGGAGUUGGUUUAGCCUGCAAAGACCGAUACUUGAUCCGACUGAGUUUCCGGCGCGUUUCCUCGCACAUUCAAAGGGCUCUCACCCUCUGGGCAACGAAGGGAAGAUACUAUUGCAUGUGCUGGUUGCGUGGGCGGCAUCCUUUGGUAUCGAUGAACGGGGACUCCCCUACAAUGAUGCGUCGUCGCGUCCCACGUCUGCACGACCGGAGGAUAUUCGUACAGAUUUGGGCCAAAGGACCAUGGUCGCCGAAAGAACUCGAGCAGAGCGCAAAAGCCGUACCGUCGGAAUGGUCCAAGAGAUUCUAGCGCUGAUUGACACGCACGGCAUCAUGAGACGACCUACUUGGGACGGCGUUCGCAUUCUGCUGCUUAUUCUGCCCCUCAUGGAGGAUAUCUCCAUAUCUCCUCUCGACCGCCGAUGCAUGUAUGAAGCCACCCUGAACCAGGCAGCCGCGUGUGUAUCGUCCGGCGGACCAUCGCUGUCCAUGCACUGCUUUCCGCAUGCAUCAGACGAUACGCUCACCCGGGCUCGCAUCCUGUGGUACGCGCACAUGCAUGAAGGAUUGACAACUGGAAUGCGAGGGGGUCGGUUUAUUCUCACGGAAGACGAUAUCGAUUCUUUCCAGAGCUCUAUCGCGCCCCACAGCCUGGGAUUCCACUCCAAUUCGCCGAUCCCGUCCCCGCUCGCUGCAUCAUUUCCCCCUUCUCCGGAUCUGCCGGUGCCGCAUCGGCUGAUUCAUCCGCAAAGCGCGCACCCCCAACUUGUGGGUGCACUCCACUCGUACAUGUCAACAGCGGACACUUUUUCGAUCCCGCUGCAUCUGAGCUUGGUGUGCAGGCGAGUGUAUGCGGUUCUUACCGGCAGCCGCGCCGCUCGGCGCGCCCAGGAAGGUGGUGGUAUCGAUGCCGAGGGGAUGCGCAAUGUUUGGGACGGCUUGGAACAGUGCUGGGAAGAUUUGGACAUGCUGCGUCAUCGUUCUGAUCUGAGUGAGGACUGUCAUAUGUUUGUCGGGGGAUGGCAGAUGUACAUCUUUGAAUGCCACAACAUCAUUCGAGAGACGUUGAAGCAGUACUCGAUGCAGAGCACGGUAGCAGAUCCGACGUCCCCUGUGUUUUCGGGAUCUCCGCGGUCCCAUGGUGCUACUUUCUUGCCAGCCCCGCAGUUGCAUGUCAUCGCCAGCCGCAAAUGCUUGAGGCUCCUUCCUUCUGUCCUCGGGAUCAUGCGCUCUUUCCUGGGCCGACCUGAGUGCAGCAUCUUUGCCUGGGACGCCGGAUUGGUCCGUGACGGAUGCUUCUUUGCGGGAUUCCUGUGUGCUUGCCUAGAAAACGACGCGGCCGAGUUCGCUGUCGAGAACAGGGAGCUGAAUCACGCAGACAUGGAAGGAGUGCGCAGUGCGUUGGACGCGGACGAAGGCAUCCGAUUGUGUCUGGCCGUCCUCAAGGAGAUGGGAUGGGCCUUUUCCAAAAGCGAGGAGCGCGAAGACACUGUUCGCCGCAUUUGGGAUGACAAGAAGAAGCGUAAGCUCGAGCAACAGCAUGCUGUCCAACAUUCUCUUCCACCCUAUGAGCUCGAGUACCAUUCGCCCCCGACGACGUAUCACGAGGGUUCGUUCUCUCCCUUUCCUCCGAAAUGGGUAGGGGAAGUGGCCACCAUGCCUCUGCUCCUUGGGGAACGUCCGAUCCUCCCCCCGCUCGUUCUGAUGCAGCACGACUCGCCGCCCCGGCAGCUGAUCGAUUCUGCCCCGAGCACCGGCUACAGCGUCGACGGCACUGGCGCCAGCGGAUGGCCGACGUACACUCCGCCGGGGACUGCCAACUCGGGGACCAGCACGAGCACUGGCGUGAGCUCUGGGGGGUCGCCUGUUUUCCCCAAUCUCGGCGGGCCGGAUAUCAUGGCGUUCAAGACCGAGAGCGAGACCAACAACCCGUUCUUCCAUGUCACGCGGGACUUGGAUCAUCUCAGUUUCAACGCGCCGACGGUGGUGGUGAGAGAUCCGACAGAAUGCCCGCCGCCUCACUACAGUCCGUCGGGUUUCAUCAACUCGGUCAACUCCGUGUACCAGGAGCAUGACGACAUGGACCACAGCGCUGCUGCGUUUACGACGGAGAAUUGCGCCGGUGAAUUUUAUCAUUAAUCUAUUUCGGACUCGGCUUGGGCCCCAUAUCGUUAUCCUCUCUGUUAUUCUCACGCUUUGUUCGUUAUUCGUCAUUGUUAUCGCCUCGUCCUGGGCGACGAGAUCUCAUGGACCGAUUCAUCCGUAUUAGUCUACACUGUAUCCCUACAUCGUUCAGCAUGUUAAUCGUAUACCUGGAUCACCCUCAA